GAUAGUUUUUGACCAGAUUGCGAAAGGGCUUGAUGAAUUAAUUCUGAUAAGAGAAACAGAAAAAGAGAAACUUUUAAGAGAAGGAAAUGGCUUGAAUUGAUUUCACUGGCAUUCGUGCUUCUUAGAAGAAAUGGCAACUGAUAUGGCACAUAGUUUGAGAUCAAGCCGGUCUUCAUUUGGCUCUAGCAAUGGGUUUGAAACCCCUUCGCACAACUCUUUUGCCACCUCAAACGGUGAUGAUUAUGACUCUGAUGGUUCCAACUUUGCGCCACGGGGUGGGCUAGCUCAUUUCAUCGUGUGUGCUACUUUUGGAUUGCCAAUUAUAGUUUUUUGUACACCGAAUACCCUGUCGUCAGUUAUGCCACCUGAACUUGCUGGUGCUAUACCGUCGAUUGACAAGUUCCAGGUUGAGGGAUUCUUGAGGGCUAUACAGAAGCAGCUUAAUUCAGCUGGUAAACGCGGCUUCUUCUCUAAAAGGACAGUUGGAGCACAAGUCCGAGAAAAAUUUACCUUUGAGGAUAUGCUAUGUUUCCAAAAGGAACCUAUCCCAACUUCGCUGCUUAAAGUAAACAGUGAUGUAAUUAGUAGAGCAGUUAAGCUGUUCCAAGUCAUCCUGAAGUAUAUUGGGGUUGAUUCCUCUGACCGAGUUUCUUCAAUGAGCUUAGAUGAACGCAUUGAGCUUGUUAGCAAACUAUUCAAGCAUUCUUUAAAGCGUUCUGAACUCCGAGAUGAACUAUUUAUGCAAGUCUCGAAGCAAACAAGACAUAAUCCUGAUAGGCACUCAUUAAUUAGGGCUUGGGAGCUGAUGUAUCUAUGUGCAUCCUGCAUGCCACCUUGCAAGGAAAUUGGUGGGUAUUUGUCCGAGUAUGUACAUACUGUGGCACACAGUAUCAGUAAUGAUUCUGAAGUCCAAGCCCUUGCUAUGAACACAUUGAAUGCAUUAAAGCGUUCUGUUAAGGCUGGACCAAGGCAUACAAUACCUGGACGCGAGGAGAUUGAUGCUGUUUUAACUGGUAAAAAACUCACAACUAUAGUUUUUUUCCUGGAUGAGACCUUUGAAGAGAUUACAUAUGACAUGGCCACAACUGUAGCUGAUGCUGUUGAGGUACUGAUCACACUUCCUCAUAUGUACACAUACAUUUCAUAUUUGUGGGUGGCUGGUACAAUAAGUACAGAAAAAUUGGUAUAAUAGGAAAUGCUUUUGUUGAAGUUAUUUAUUUUGUUUAUAGAAAACAAUUAGUUUCUCUAUGGAGGCUUUAGUUGUGAUCAAAUGAGUACUUAGUUACCUACUGUGAUCUCUCAUGAGUCGUGAGGGCUAGGGCUAGGGCUAGGGCUAUUUAAGGAUCUCCCGUGCCUGAACAAUGUCUCUCUUUAUUUACUUGUUUGUUACCUUUGAAUGGAUUACCCUCAUUUUGUAGAAAAUUUGAGAUUGCACCAAAUUGUUUUCCCUACUUAUGAUUAAAUUCUUGACAUUUAUAGUUUUACUAA